AUGAAUUUAUUGAUAUUUCUCAGGUUAGAUUUCCCAUCACCGAAAGCUGGUGGUGAGGACGGAAAUGAUCUAAUAGAGGAUAUCAAAGCUCUUGAAGACGACGAUCAUCUUGUUUCCCUCCGGCCAUCAGAUGCCGCCCAUGUUUUGGUUAAGCUUGACAUCACAAAAACUUAUCCUGACAAAGUGUGCUGUGAGGGGGAUACGGUGGCAAAUACUAUUUGUUAUGUUGCCAAUGAAUUGGCUCUGGAGUUGGGUCUUACGAAUGAUGUUGACAGGAAUGAUGCUGGCCUUUCAAUGGAAGAUGAUGCAUAUGGUGUUAAUGUUAACCUGAAUGUUAAUAUUUGUUGCAUUAACCUUAUAGCUAGUCCAAGUUAUGUUGAAGUUAUGGAGAAGUCAGAUGAUAAUUCCAUUUCUUUAGGUUCUAGGGGUGGUGGUCCUAAGGUAAAGCUGGUUAAUAUGGAUAAUGUGGCUUCUAAGAUGCUUUCUUCACCAAUUCAAACUAUGGUGGUUAAUGAGGAUAAGAUGAAGUGUGGUGGGCAUGGUGACUGGUUAGAUGAUGGAAAUUCUUUAAGUGACAGGGAGGAAAUUGAUGAGAAAGAGUUGAAUUCUCGGAACUACUUUGAUUUAAGUAUUCUUCAAAUUGAUGAUGCUGGUUUUUUCAAAAAUAGUGCGAAGCGUUCAGACUCAACCCGGGUCUUCACAAUCGUGAACAAUUGCAAAACAGCGCUAUGGCCGGGCGUUACCCCAGGCAACAACUUCAAUGGCGGUGGUUUCCCCCUCCGUCCGGGCCAAUCCGUGGUCUUCACCGCUCCCGUGGGCUGGUCGGGUCGAAUCUGGGCCCGAACUGGCUGCGAUUUCGACCAAGCCGGCAACGGCUCGUGCGAGACCGGUGCAUGCGGCACAACUCUCAAGUGCGGCUCAUCCGGCGAAACCCCGUCAACACUCGCCGAGUUCACACUAGGCAAUUUGGACUUCUACGACGUGAGCCUAGUAGAUGGGUUCAACGUGCCCGUAACAGUCAGGCCGGUGGGGGGGACGGGCAAGUGCGAGCAGGCAGGAUGUAUAGGAGAUUUGAGGGAGGACUGCCCGGCUGAGCUGGCGAAGAAGGUGGGAGGAAGAACGGUGGCUUGCCGGAGCGCGUGUGAUGUGUUUAAUACGGAUGAGUAUUGCUGCAGAGGGUUGUUUGGGAAUCCGAGCACGUGCCAGCCGACUUUUUAUUCCAAAAAGUUCAAGGCGGCGUGCCCCACGGCGUAUAGUUAUGCGUACGAUGACCCUACAAGUAUUAUUACUUGCUCCGACGCGGAUUAUGUUAUCACAUUCUGCGCCAGGAAGCAAACCGUCUGCACUUAUCAUGAUAACCGGUUAAUUUGCAGCGGGUCUAAUAGAUCUGGGAUGCUUAUUGCCAACUUGUUGAUUGUUCUAUUUGUUUCUAUAAAUUUAUUGUUCUUGGAAACUGCAGUUCAACAUGGUAUCAUAGCAUUUUUUGUGGCUAACGGCUUGAACUAUCAGAUAUCAUGA